UCAAGAAAUUCUUCCUUGUAAUUAGCAUGACAAUUAAGAGGAAGCUUGUAGAGAAUAGGAAAACACCACUUCCUAAAACAGAACUUAAUUUAACUUAAACCGGUUUCUGAAGGCUUGAAACAUCUAUGCAACAUUUUUCGAUAGGCUCAAGGUGUCUGGGCCCAGGAGUUAUACGGAUAAAGAUAAUUAAAUGUUGAUUUGUCUGAAUUGUUUUAUUUGAUCCUGUAAAUCACUAUCCAGCUAUCAUAUCUGCCCACAUUUGACCACAUUCUUGAUCUGGCAGAAAGGUGUAGUGCAUACUGGUUUACAGGGCAAAGGUAGCAGCCCACUGAUAAGUUGUGCAGAACAUUGGACAUUGGAAGAAGCCAUCCACUGGUUUACUUUAGGUCACUUUCAAUAUGAUUUUAUUGUGAUUUUAAUGAAGUGUACAAUUCAAGUAAGAUCUGUACCAUUUACUAAAUAAAUAAAGAUUGAGACAGUGGCAGGAUUUAUUUUUAUUUUGUUUUAAUAUAUAACUGGUCUAGUUUAAUUUAUUUCAGCACAUACAAAGUGUAUUUCUUUAGAAUCAGUUUUACAGCCUAUACAUUAGAAAUUUACAUUUAAAUAUUAAUUAUCUGUGGCGUGUGCCCUUCUUGUCUUAGUAUUUGCACAUACAAUUUUAUUUUUCAUUGUCCUAAUGUUUGUACGGAUGGUGAUAUAACCUGGACUUUGUUCUGUUCGUGGCGUAGCUGUAAUUUUAGUGUAAUGCGAUGCCAUGAAUGUUCAUGUUGAAGAGGAUUUGGCAAGGUGUCUAGAAGUAGUCAGGAUAUUCUUAUGGUUUUAUUUCAAUAUCAUUUAAAAAGCAAACAUCCAGGCAGCAGAAUGCCGAAUGCAGAAUGUCUUGUAACUCAAUAUUUUAAUAAAAACUUUCUUUAAGUGUUUCCACUGAGAUGUUCUUUGAGCAUCUUUUCAGUGAAUCAGUAUCUUUUUGCAUUGAAUUGCAAGAAGUGUGGAAGAUGUGCUUCAGGAGACGCUUGCAAAAAGAGAAAGCUUUAGCUCAUGCCUCUGUGGGGAUUUCACAGCCAUGUGAACGACCGAUAAUAACCUUUUAUGUGCCCUCUUGCUCUCUUUUCCACCCUCCUUUAUUCCUUCCCACCGUCUCUCGCUCGCUCGCCCGCCCAUCAUCUUGUCUCUUAAAAGCUGACACAAAAGAGGCUCAUACAGAAGUGAAGGCUCCUCUGAUGGCAAACCGGCCUGAUGUAGAGAAUACACAUAAUGUGCAGCUAGCAACACAUUAAAAACAAGAUGGACAGACAAAAACAAAACUGUUAAACCAGGGGCGCAGUGUUGAUUAGUUAUGACAAGUAGCUGUGUGAAAGAUGUCCAUCCUUUCUACGACUGAUAUCAUUGAUGUUGGUCAUGGGGACUCUCUGUGCUGUGUCAAUGAAGAGGGACCUUCAUCAGGGAUGGCAGAAGUGAAACAGGAGAGCCAGUCUUCUCUAAGUCAAACAGCCUCAUACAACACUUCACACAAUGAGCUGAAUGACACGAUGCUCAUGGAGCCCAAAGAGGGUCAGCCAAUGAAGAGGAAGAAGGGCCCUGCCCCUAAGAUGCUGGGGAACGAGGUGUGUAGUGUGUGUGGAGACAAAGCAUCUGGCUUUCAUUAUAAUGUUCUGAGCUGUGAGGGCUGUAAAGGUUUCUUCAGACGCAGUGUGAUCAAAGGAGCUCAGUACACCUGCAAGAACUCGGGCCGCUGCGAAAUGGACAUGUACAUGCGCCGCAAGUGUCAGCAGUGCCGUCUGCGGAAGUGCAGGGAGGCAGGGAUGCUGGAGCAAUGUGUACUGUCAGAGGAGCAGAUCCGACUAAAGAAGAUGAAAAAACAGGAAGAAGAAACUGCACGGACGUCUUCGGUGGCCACGCCCAGCCCUGCCCCUGAGAUGCUCCCACUGGCUCCUGAACAGCAGGAGAUGAUAGAAAAGCUGGUUGCCAUGCAGAAACAGUGCAAUAAACGCUCAUUUCUGGACCGGCCCAAAGUCACACCAUGGCCACAGAAUCAGGACCCACUUAACCGAGAGAUUCGACAACAGCGGUUUGCUCACUUCACUGAGCUGGCCAUCAUGUCUGUUCAGGAGAUUGUAGACUUUGCUAAACAGCUGCCCGGCUUCCUGGAGCUCACCAGAGAGGACCAGAUCGCCCUGUUGAAGACCUCAACUAUAGAGAUCAUGCUGCUAGAGACAUCCAGACGUUACAACCCAGCGAUUGAGAGCAUCACCUUCCUCAAAGACUUCAGUUAUAAUAAGGAGGAUUUUGCUAAAGCAGGGCUGCAAUUGGAGUUCAUCAACCCAAUUUUUGAAUUUUCUAAGGGCAUGAAUGAUCUACACCUGGAUGAGGCGGAGUACGCUUUACUUAUCGCUAUCAAUAUUUUCUCAGCAGACCGCCCCAAUGUGCACGAUCACGAUUUAGUGGAAAGACUGCAGCAGCCUUAUGUGGAUGCCCUCAACUCUUACAUCAGAAUAAAACGACCCAAUGAUCAUCUGAUGUUUCCCCGCAUGCUGAUGAAGCUGGUAAGCCUUCGGACGCUGAGCAGCGUCCACUCAGAGCAAGUCUUCGCUCUGCGCCUCCAGGACAAGAAACUCCCCCCUCUGCUCUCUGAAAUUUGGGAUGUUCAUGAGUGAGCUGGUGCUCCACCCCCAGGACAGAAUGAGCCAAUGAAACAUAGCCGUGGUGGGGGGCCUCUAUAGACCAAGCACAAGUGUGGUGACUAACCUCAUAUCAUCCCCAAGGGCCUGAAAUGUCUCCCACUUUGGCAUGGAGCCAGUCGUAAUGACUUUGGUUUCGUCAUUCUCUUCCGUGUAUGAUUUGGACUCGGUGGGCGAUGGACUGCUUCCGUUGAAUGUGCUAUUGAUAGACUGUAUGGCCAGAAGUGGCUCAGGGACCGUUCAGAACUAAUAAUGGUUAUUUGACCAUUUGAGACUGAGGAUCUGGAUCCACAUAGACAUGCUUGCUAGUGUGAGUGGCUAUGAACAUGUAUGUGGACAUGGGUUUUUUGUGUGCGUGUCAUUUAUACUUAAUGGUUCCAGUACUGAGAGCUUUGUGCAGGUUUUAGUCUACUUUCAGAUUUUAACAGUGGUUAUCUUAAAGGCACCCCUCAUUAUACAACUGUUUUAUUUACAGUGUUUCACGAUUCUACACGUGCUGAUUGGUGGGAUAUGGCUGUCAGCCUUUUGAUUCUUAUAUGAUGAGUAUACAUACAUGCACAGGCGCACAUCUAUUGUUCAUUACUAUUUUUUUACAUUACGUCGUGUUUGGCACGUAUUUAGCCUUGUAAUUAACAUUAAAAAGCAGUCGCUUGCUAACACCCCAAAAUUGAACGUUUUUGUGAAUGAAAUCAGUAAAAUGCAAGACAUUUUAUAACAUUUUACACUGACCUAGCAUAUCCUUAAGAGCACAAGAAAUUUUGUUGGCUGCUGUUUGUUGGAUUAUGUAGAAAAAUAGCUGAUGUUGUUGUAUCAAUCAGUCCACUUACAGGAUCAGCCAUUUUUUUUAAGGUGGCCUAUGUUUUGCAUUAGGGUAUUACUUGGAGUGCUGGGUCACUGUAGGCAGGGAUCAGUUAGAGUCACUGGAGCUGUUAACCCAAAUCAGUGUGCUGCUCAACUGCUACUACUGAGAGGCUGAUAGAAAAGUGCAAAAAUUACGAAAAAAUUGCUGAAUAUAAUUUUAUAUUUAUCAUUGGGUAAUAAAUAGUUGCAUUCUUCAACCCAACAUACUGCUAUAUUGCUAUUUCAUCAUCUCAUUUUAUUUCACUUAUAUUUUUGGUAACCCUUGAUGCUAUUUUUGCUAAUAUGUAGACCCACCUCAAAAUCAAGAUGAGAAUGCUCUUUAAAUUUUUAAUUUACACAUACAGCAUUUAGUAUUUUUCUUGGCAUGUCUCUUAACCAAAUCUUGUUGUACCUCUCUAUGAGAAUAUUGUCCUUUUUUCAAGAGAUAUUGAUAAUGAAUGUAAAUCAAUACCUUCUUAUCAUGUUGGUUUUAUACUGAGCUCUGAAAUAAGGGACUGGGCAAGUAAGAGAACUUUUUAAUGUUUAGGUCCAGAGUCUUACAGUAACUCACAAUGUAAUAAUUCAGAAUCACAACUGACAUGUGUGACGACAGGCAAUUCAGUUUUACUGGUCUUGAGAAACUUUAGGUUUUAUAAACUAACAUUGGAAAAUAAGUAUUUCUUUUUUUCAAAUUAACUAACACAGUUAGUUUGCUGUGGCAUUAUCUGCUCUGACUGUGCAUAUUAUUUAGACUUGGUUUUAAGCAGUCGUACAUGCCCAUGUGACAGUUCAUUGUUUUAUCUCACCUAAAUCAUGUUCUUACUGUAUCUGCAUUGUCUUAUGAAACUAACUCUGCUUCUUUCAGGUAUCUAUAUUGUUCAUCCCUGCUAUGUUCAUAAAUUAUCUGCAUGCUUUAGGUUGGUUUCCAUCAAUUUAAAGCCCGUUUUACCAUAACAGUAAUUUAAAAUUUUCUGCAAGGGCUUCAGAAUGCAAGGGUAUUAAUGAGGCAACAACCCAUUAAACAGUAGACUCUGUAUGUAAUUUGUUAGACAUGCAUUGUGAAGAUUGAACCACUGUGAUCUUUCUGUUGAUUUGCCAUUAAACAAAAUGUAUCAAGGGGCAAGCAGAAUUCUGGUUAAAGGAAUACGGUCUCUGCUCUAAACUUUUCCCCAAGAACUGAAAUUAUGAAAUUGUUGUCCUCUGACAGAAUGUUACCACAUCAUGCAAGUGUUUGAUGCGAAGUUGAUUGUAGUUAUAAUUUAUUUGUACCCUCAGCUCAUUGGACCUCUUUACACUGAUUAACAUUGUCUUCAAUAGAGUCCUUGAAUGAGGUCAUCAUAGAAAUGCAACCUUAUGUAUGCCUUAAGUCCUUAUAUAUUCUGCUUUAUAUGUUUAAAUUAUAAGUAGACUAAAUUUAUUGUUCUGUGAGAGUAUAUAUUUAUCUGAUAAAAAUUCUGAGAAACUUAGAUGACUAAAAGCAUCAACUAUUCUUUAUACAGAAAUACAUUUACCUAAAACAGGGAACCUUUGUUGUUUCUGUCUUUUUAUUCUUCUUUUUUUUCUUUUUUUAAAAAAUAGAUCAGGGUUGACCCUGUAAAUAAAUGAUGAAUUUGAGCUUACAA